CCGGAAGCGGCGAGGGACGGACGGACGGAGUGUCGUGAGCGCGUUGUUUCCCGUCCACUGGAGUACUGAGGAUUGAACCCAGGGCCUUGUACAGAUGGACACACUAUCACUUGAGUUACAGCUUCACCCCUACAAAUAAUUCUUCAUGUUCUUGCGACAGCUCCUUCCCAGAGACUUGCUAGUGAUGAUGCGGGUGUGCUGGUUGGUGAGACAGGACAGCCAGCAGCAUCGAAUCAAACUUCCACAUUUAGAAACAGUCGUGCUUGGGCGCAGCCCAGAGACCAAAAUCACUGAUAAGAAAUGUUCUCGACAGCAAGUACAGUUGAAAGCAGAGUGUAACAAGGGAUAUGUCAAGGUAAAGCAGGUAGGGGUCAAUCCCACCAGCAUUGACUCAGUCAUAAUUGGGAAGGACCAAGAGAUGAAGCUGCAACCUGGCCAGGUUCUCUAUAUGGUGAAUGAACUUUAUCCAUAUAUUGUAGAGUUUGAGGAAGAGGCAAAGAGCUCUGGCCUAGGAGCACACAGGAAGAGAAAGAGGUCAGGCAACAGCAAUUCCUUAGGAGAUGUUGCCCAGGAAGCUGAGCCUAUGACAGAGCAGGAACCUGGGACUGCUGACCCCAGCCAAUACCCUCUGCCCCCAAAGAAGGGGAAAGAUGCAUCUGCCAAAAAGGAACCACUGGGCCACUGGAGUCAAGGCUUGAAGAUUUCUAUGCAAGACCCUAAAAUGCAGGUUUACAAAGAUGAGCAGGUGGUGGUGAUUAAGGAUAAAUAUCCUAAGGCCCGGUAUCAUUGGCUGGUCUUGCCAUGGGCCUCCAUUUCCAGUUUGAAGGCUGUGACCAGUGAACACCUUGAACUUCUCAAACAUAUGCAUACUGUGGGAGAAAAGGUGAUUUCAGAUUUUGCUGGAUGCAGCAAACUUCGUUUCCGACUGGGCUAUCAUGCCAUUCCCAGUAUGAGCCAUGUACAUCUUCAUGUGAUCAGCCAGGAUUUUGAUUCUCCUUGCCUUAAAAACAAAAAACAUUGGAAUUCUUUCAAUACUGAAUACUUCCUAGAAUCAAAAGCUAUAAUCAAAAUGGUGCAAGAGGCUGGCAGAGUGACUGUCGAAGAUGGGACGUCUGAGCUCUUGAAGCUGCCCCUUCGUUGUCAUGAGUGUCAGCAACUGCUGCCUUCCAUUCCGCAGCUGAAAGAGCAUCUCAGGAAGCACUGGAUAAAGUGAUGCUGAAGAGCCCCAACAUCUGCUGCAAAUGUGGAGAAAUGCUGGCACCUGUUCUGGCUUGUCUGAGAACUUCUACUACUUCCCCAAUUAAAAUAUGCAACUUUCAUUUUA